AUGAAGAAGCCUCAGUACCUGCGCACCAGCCGCAGCUUCAAGAAGCUGCUCCUCUCCCUCAGCCACCGCGUGGCCCCCCACAAGCCCACCAACUUACCGGACGCCAAGGAACCUCCUUCGGACUCACCGCCGUCGCCGGGAAAGCCAUCGUGGGAGUGCUUCUCCUACGACGAGAUCCACCGCGCGACGGACGGCUUCCGCGCGGGCAACCUGGUGGGCCGGGGCGGGUCGUCGGAGGUGUACCGCGGCGCGCUGGCGGACGGGCGGGCCGUGGCGGUGAAGCGGCUGCUGGGCGCGGCGGCGUGCGAGCGGCGGGAGCGGGACUUCCUCGCGGAGCUGGGCACGGUGGGGCACGCCAGGCACCCCAACGUGUGCCCGCUGCUCGGGUGCUGCGUCGACCGCGACCUCUACCUCGUCUUCGCGUUCUCCGCCCGCGGCUCCGUCUCCGCCAGCCUCCAUGGUGGGGAGGGUGAGGUGGCGAUGGGGUGGGGGGCGAGGUACGGGGUGGCGGUGGGCACGGCGAGGGGGCUGGCGUACCUGCACAAGGGGUGCCGGCGCCGGAUCAUCCACCGGGACAUCAAGGCCUCCAACGUGCUGCUCACCGACGACCUCCAGCCCCAGAUAUCUGAUUUUGGGCUGGCCAAGUGGCUGCCGACGGAGUGGACGCACCGGGCGAUCGCGCCCAUAGAGGGCACCUUCGGCUGCCUGGCGCCCGAGUACUACACGCACGGCAUCGUCGACGAGAAGACGGACGUCUUCGCAUUCGGGGUCUUCCUGCUGGAGGUCAUGGCCGGGAGGAAGCCCGUCGACGGCACGCACAGGAGCCUCCUCAGCUGGGCUCGGCCUCUACUGAACGAAGGCAAGACGGAGGCGCUGGUGGACCCGAGGAUCACCGCCGGCGGCGGCGGAUACGACGCCGACCAGGCGCGGCGACUCGCGUUCGUGGCGUCGCUCUGCAUCAGGCCGUCGGCGACGUGGAGGCCGUCCAUGACCGAGGUGCUGGAGCUGCUGGAAGGCGUGGAGAUCCCGCAAGACCGGUGGGCGAUGCCCGAGGCGGCGGCCGGCGACGAGGAGGGGGAGGAGCCAUGGGCCUUCGACGACCUCAACGACGAUGACGACGACAGCGACGACGAAUUCUGCACGCCAUCGCCGUCUUCAGCCUCCUCAUCAGACGAGCACUUAAUUAGCGUCCAAGAAUACAUCAGAUGA